AUGGAGACUCUGAAUUUCUCCCACACCACCAACAUCAGCAGUGGUAAUAACACCAGCCUCUUCUCUGGAAGCCCGUACUCGACUGUGGAGAUUGUUCUCAUCAUCCUGGUGGCUGGAUCUGUGAGUCUGAUCACCAUCAUUGGAAACAUCCUGGUCAUGCUGUCUAUAAAGGUAAACAGGAACCUGCAGACUGUCAACAACUACUUCCUGUUCAGCCUGGCCUGUGCAGACCUUAUUAUUGGGGUGUGCUCCAUGAACUUCUACACUGUGUAUAUAGUGAUAGGCUACUGGCCUCUGGGAGCAGUGGUGUGUGACCUGUGGUUAGCUGUUGAUUAUGUUGUCAGCAACGCCUCAGUCAUGAACCUGCUCAUCAUUAGUUUUGACCGUUACUUCUGUGUCACCAAACCGCUCAGCUACCCGGCCCGCCGCAGCACCAAGAUGGCAGGUCUGAUGAUUGCUGCGGCCUGGGUCUUGUCCUUCAUCCUCUGGGCUCCAGCCAUUUUGUUUUGGCAGUUCAUUGUGGGUGGGAGAACCGUGCCGCCAGGUGAGUGCUACAUCCAGUUCUUCUCUAAUCCUGCCGUGACGUUUGGGACAGCCAUAGCAGCUUUUUACCUCCCAGUGGCCAUCAUGAUCCACCUCUACUGGCGCAUAUCCAAGGCCAGCCGCAGCCGCAUGACAAGGGACAGCAGGAAAACUUCAGGUACCAGUCUGGGAGGCCCCUCCCACAGCCAGGAGGAGGGUUGUGAGCGCCAGAACAACUGCAUCACAACAAGAGAAGCGCAGGUGGAGGCUAAAGAUGGAAAAGAGAAGGAAAGGCUGCAUAAGCAGAAUGGAAGUGGGCCCUGUCAGGAGGAAAGAACUGCCCAGGUGGACUCUACAGAGGGCAACGCAUCAACGUCUAAGGACACGGUGGCGCCGGCUUCAUUACAGAGAGGUUCCAAUGGUGGGAAAAAGACGAAUCAAACACCUUCUCCAGAAAACUCAGCAGUUGACAGACAAAGUCUGGCCGCAAAGACACUGUUUAAGGUGACAAAGCAGAGUGCUGUGGCAAAGUGGAAAAGGAAGGGCAUUUCUUCCAGGGAGAAAAAGGUGACCCGCACCAUCAUGGCCAUCUUGGUUGCUUUUGUUGCCACAUGGACACCGUACAACGUGAUGGUCCUGAUCAACACCUUCUGCUCCAUCUGCAUCCCAAACUCCCUCUGGACCAUCGGCUACUGGCUCUGCUACAUCAACAGCACCAUCAACCCAGCCUGCUACGCUCUCUGCAACGCCACCUUCAAAAACACCUUCAAGCACCUGCUCCUGUGCCAGUACAAGAACAUACGUACGGCGCGAUGAGGCCGAAAACAGUGACCCGUGUUCGAGUCAAAAUAAUGGGAUGACUCAGAGAUGACUAAAAUGUUGUUAAGAUAUAGACUAGUUGUGUUCUCAUUGUGCACUCCAUUUAUAUUUCAAUGCUGUCACUAAAAAAAAGAAAACUGUGUUUUAUAAACGUACCACGCGUUUAACGUUCUAUUUGAAAUACAUGCUAUUGAAUUCUAAAAUCGAUGCAUUCAAGGUGGAAAUGCGGUUUAUUGUGAAGAAGUACUAAAUUAGAUAUGUUCCUCUUUGAUCCUGCUACACAAGCUUGUGCAUUAUGUUUUUUGUUAUGCUCUUUUUAACCAAACAGUAAAAUUGUAGUAAAUGUGACGACUUUGUAACCAAAACAGUGAUUAUAAGAUGUAUGAAAAGUAUAAAUAUAAGAAGAAGAUAAUAUACUAUCGAAUAAGACACUUUAUUUUAAGCGUGGAGCUGUGAAACAGGAAAUAAAUCAGCUCGACUGAAACAUUGGUCUGAGUGAAGCAUUCUCUUCAAAGUGAGUCAAGAAAAGAGAAUAAAAUACUAUUAGCCGCUGUAAACUGUGUGUGUGUGUGUGUGCGCCUGUUUGUGCACGUGUGUGUGACCGCUUGGAUUUUUUAU